CAAAUUUUGGAACCAGAAAUUGACCACGUAAUAGAUAUAACGAAUAAUGAAUCACAAAAUUAUAUAGACCCAUUGGAAAUUGCAACAGUUUCUACGGAAGAAAAUGAUUUAGAUACAAUUUCUACAAAAGCUACGGUAGCACCAGUUAAUGAUCUUCACAAUACUCCAUCACAUUGGAAUAAAUUGAGAAAUUUGGUAGUGGUCGAUGAGAAUAUUCCACAGACGCCUAUACCAUCGGAUUUGUUUAGUAACCAAAACAACAGUAAUAAUAAUAAUAAUAAUAAUAAUAAUAACUCUGAUGAUGCUGAGAGAACAAGUGUAU